GCAGACGCACUCACCUGAGCAACCGCCGAGAGCAUCCACAGCAAGAAAGCAAGAGGCUGCAAGACAAACCGCUGUCAUCUGUCACCAUGAAGGCCACACUCGUCAUCGUUGCUCUCCUCGUCCUGGCUCUUGGCUGGACCACUGAGGCUGUGCAAGUCGAAGAGAAUGGACUGUCUUUCUCGUUGGAGGCCGUCAGAAGGCUCCAGGAGUUGACAGAGAGCCGCGGGAUGAUGGGGCAGCAAAACCCACGGCUCAGGUCGAGCUCCGUAUCCCUGUGCGCUGACCCCAUGCUCCCACAGGAGUUUCUUUCCAUCUGCAAACAGAGAGGAGGCACCGCAUCCCUGUCCAGAUUAGCUAUGGUUCCCAUGGAUGUCUGUGAGAUCUGCGCCUACGCUGCCUGCACUGGCUGCUAAACCAACACAGCCAGACCAAAGCAUCUUACCCAGCUUAAGACUUGUGAUUUCUUUUCACCCUCUUCCAAACUAUUUCAGGGAAUUUCUUAGACUUUCUUACUUGCAAUGUUGAGCCUUUAUCCUUCACCAUCUGACUGUGGCCCUUCAGGCCCAUAAUGUGUUUUUUAUUAGACCAAAAAAAAAAAAAAAAUACCCCAAAAAGAAAAAAAAAUAUGAGAAACAGAGGAAUAUUUUUGAAAACUGUUACUUUGUAGCAUAAUUACUAUUUUAUUUUUCUGCGGAAAAGUUCUUUAUUAUACAUUUUAUUUUGGCAUUUUAUGGUUUGUUACAUUUCUGUCUUAGCUUGCUUUAUAUGCAUAUUUAAAGAGAUGUUGUCCUUUUGCAUUUUUCAUCAAUUUUUUUAUGUUGUUUGGAAUAAAAAGCCUUCACUUCA